UUCUUCAUCAAACUAAGAUCAUCUCUGGUCUGCUAUAUAUAUAUAUAUAUAUAUAUAGAGAGAGAGAGAGAGAGAGAGAGAGAGAGAGAUAGAGAAGAGUAGAGAGGGAAGAGAGAUUGUUGAAUAUUCUUGAAAACUAGUGCGUAUUCGGAUAAGAAAGUAACCAUGGCUUCCACUUGCAACAAGUCUUUCUCCAGCAACUACAUGCUCCUGAAGCCUGAAGAUGCCGGCUUUCUUGACCUGGCAAAGAUGUUGUUUUCCAGUGACAUUGGGAAACGGAAGUUCAUCGACUGCCCCGAAGGGGCCCGGGAGCCGUUCGGCCGGAGAUGGAUCAUAUUCAUUUCGGUGAUGGUGCAGAAGUUGUUGCAGGCAACGGCUAAACCCAUGGCCGCGUUCGGGUCCGGGGUUGAGAAUUGGCUGAAUUUGCUGACAGGGAAUGGCGGGUUGUUCGGGCUAGUGAUGAAUGCACUUAAAGGAAAAGUAGUACAUCCAGAUAAAACAUCGGCAAGUUUCUUGUCGUUUAUAGGGAACAUCGACAAACGGCUUGAACUAGACACCGACAUCAGCGGUGGAGAUAAGAGAUACUACGCUGUACUCUCUGUGAUGGCUUCUAAGGCUUCUUAUGAGAACCCGAAAUACAUUGAAUCCAUCGUCAAGGACCACUGGCAGAUGGAUUUCGUGGGAUCCUACGAUUUCUGGAACGAUUAUCAGGAGAAAGCGACAACACAAGCAUUUGUUCUUGAAGACAAGAACGACGUGAUUGUAGUCGCAUUUAGAGGAACAGAACCCUUCGACGCAGACGCAUGGUCUUCAGACUUCGACCUGUCAUGGUACGAACUUCCCGGUGCCGGCAAGAUCCACGGCGGGUUCAUGAAAGCUCUCGGCCUACACAAGAACCAAGGGUGGCCACAAGAACAAGACGAUACCAAGCCGGAUACCGCCUACUACGCCAUCAGGAAACUGCUGAAAGAAAGACUGCAGAAAAACGAUAAUGCUAAGUUCAUAGUCACCGGCCACAGCCUCGGCGGAGCACUGGCAGCACUUUUUCCCGCAAUUCUAUCCCUGCACGAGGAGUCAUGGCUGCUCGAUAGAUUAGAGGGCGUUUACACAUUCGGGCAGCCGAGGGUCGGAGACGAAGAGUUCGGACAAUACAUGAAGAACAUAAUAGAAAAACACAACAUUAACUUUUACAGAUUUGUCUACAGUUACGACAUGGUGCCCAGGCUGCCAUACGAUGACAAGACUCUCAUGUUCAAGCAUUUCGGGACGUGCAUCUACUAUAAUAGCCUCUAUGAAGGAAAAGUUGUAGCUGAAGAGCCUGACAAGAACUAUUUCUCUUUGAUAUGGGUGAUACCGAAACUCAUAAAUGCAUGCUGGGAGCUGAUCAGAAGCUUCAUCAUAAGAUACACGAAAGGAGCAGACUAUAAGGAAGGAGGUCUGCUGAGAAUGUUCAGAGUAAUAGGAAUUUUAGCUGCCGGUGUUCCAAAUCAUUGCCCGCAGGAUUACGUUAAUGCUACCAGGUUGGGAUCGCCCGACGUAUUCAACUCAUCAGUUCUUGGCUCAAAUCAACCCAAAAUCUUGAAGAUGCAGUAAUCUGCUUUUUCUUCAUUGAUUUUCUGAGCUGUUGCUCUUCUGUGGGUGAUUAGAUUUAAAUUUUUUUUUUUAUUGUAUGAUCUUGUUUGUGUAUUUGGGGCGAUUAGAUAGUACUGCAACAUGUAUAAAUCAAUUAAAACAUUGUUGCUUUUGAUACACACACAAUGGAGUCAUCAUGACCUAAUACAAACAAGGCAGUUUCUUCUA